UGCCCAACUGAAAUCUAUAUCGGAGAAAAGAAAUCCUGCCUGACCGGCGGCCACGCAUCUCUCCAGCUCGCCCUGCUGCUCGAAUGAUCGGCGGCGCAGGCCGCGGCAGGCGGCGGGCGAGCGCGCCGGCGUCCCUGCCCACGAGCACCUCCGCCCGCCGCACCGAGCACUCCGUCUCCUGCUGGUAUUGUGACUGCAAGAUAUAUGGCUUCAAUGACACCCUGUUCGGUUUGGGGUCGAAAUAUGCUAGAUUCAUGAGAGGAUGGUUUUCCAUAGGCGUUUGUUUCUCUCUCAUUGCUUUAGUCGGUAUAUCCUUGAUGCUACUUUGGGAGUCAAUUGGUGUGUUUUAUUUCCGGAGUGGAUGUCUUAGUGACUGGUUAAAGAACCUACUGGUAAGUAGAAUUUGGCACUUCUUUUUUUUUAGCUUCUCACAUCAACAACCCACCAUGCAUUUGUGCUUAUUGCAGACUUCAGGGCACAGCAUAUCUAUUAUGGAUACCACAAUCAUCAUAAUUUCAACAAUCUUGUCUAUUGCUUUUCAUGAAUUCGGACAUGCCAUUGCAGCUGCAAGUGAGGGAGUAGAGAUUGAGUAUGUUGCCAUAUUUGUCGCUGUACUUUUUCCUGGAGCAUUUGUUGCUCUGAACUAUGACUUACUGCAGAAUCGACCUCUCUUUUCCAUGCUCCGGAUUUAUUGUGCAGGAAUUUGGCAUAAUGUUGUGCUCUGUGCAGUAUGUGUACUGAUGACAUCAUUACUCCCGGUGCUGUUGUAUCCUCUUUAUGUGAGUGGUGAUGGCCUUAUGGUCUCAGGAAUUCCACGAACAUCUCCUCUGUCAGAAUACUUGUCCGCUCAUGAUGUUAUCCUCUCUGUGGAUGGUAUGAAAAUAACAAGAACUGAUGAGUGGAUCAAGAUUCUGAACCAAGAUGCUACAGCAAAAUCCAGCGACCCUGAGUUCCUUGAAGGCUCUCAGAGAUAUGUUGCCACCAGUUCUGGCAAGGGUUAUUGUGUGCCUGAUCCAUGGAUGGAUGCAAGCAAAAAUCUCUGGCAGAUAAGAGACAAGGUACCCUGCCCAGAUGAACUGAUAGCCUUUGAAAAAGCUAUCUCUAAUGACUCGGCCAUUUUCACCGAGAAGAUCGGCAGAGGUAGUGGCCAGAAGGAAGUUGAGGGAAAAUAUUGCUUAAUUGCAAAAGAUGUAGUAAAGCUUAGAAAAUGUGGAAACGGGUGGCAGAGGACUGAAGAUGACGGAAGUAGUCAUGCAUGUUUUGAGGAUGAGUACUGCUUGGUACCUGCUCUGACCCCAGGCUUUUCAUGGAUUGAGGUCUCUUAUGCGAAGCCAUACUCUUGGGGAUGUUUACAGAGAGGAGGAAAUCUAUCAUCAUCAUCACAUGCUACAGAUAAUGACCUUGGACAGAGUCCUUGUGAGGGAUCUUUUGUUUAUGUGGGUGAUCUGUUAUCAGCAGCGCGUUCUGUUAGGUUAUCCCCCUACCGGCCUCGAUGGCCACUCCUUUUCCUUGCAGAUGUCCCAUGUAUCUUGGGAAAUGGUUUAAGUAGUUUCAUUCAUGCGUCUGCGGCAUUGGCUGUAGUCAAUAGCUUACCGGUGUAUUAUCUGGAUGGGGAAGCGAUUUUGGAGACUAGCUUAAGCUACAUAUCUUGGUUUUCCCGGAGACAACGACACAAAAUUCUGAAAGUUUGCCGCCUUGUAUGGACAGUUUUAUCAGUUAUCACAUUCUCAAGGAUUUUUUAUUCCACUACACUAUUUUAUGGUUUUGUAUAAUUACCGUGGAAUUUUUGCACUGAACAAAGAGGAAAAAUCCUUUCAUGAUACAUGGCAAUUGUAUGGUGUACCCUGUAUGAGUUAUUACUAUACACGAGUGAUAGAAGGAUGGUCUCUUAUAAAACAAUCAGGCUAACAUUGUUGGUAAA